AUGGAGGUUUACCAUUCCAUCUCCCUCAUCACGAGCGUGGCUUUUUUGGCUGAUGGCGUGGAGUGGACCAGUUGGCACGGAGAUCGGCACGCGGAGUAUAUUUCCAAAGAAACAUUGGAGAAAAUCCCUAUCGUCAAUACUGUCUUCACCGUCGUCUGGAUCGUCGUCGACUCCCUUCUGGUCCAUGGGAUCGUCAAGAUGAAGAGGAAACUGAUAAUUCCGUGGUUGUGGGUGAACACCCUGCUGCUGAUCCUGCUGACGAGCCUUGCGGUCAUCGUCAUCAUCAUCGUGCUCGUCGUCAGCCCGAAGGACUUUCCGCUGCUCAUCAUCUUGGUGAUCGCGUGCGCCAUCGGUUUCUCCAUCCAGAUCCACUUCCUCCUCGUGGUCUACUCCCAUUACAAG